AUGGCGAGAGAUAUGCUGGGCUUUCUCUUUCUUAUCAUUUUGUUUUUGGUGUUAGUUGCAUUCUACUAUCGCAAAGCAAUCCUUGCAAAACUUCCUUAUUUAAAUCGACGUUAUCAACGUUUGCCUGCUGUUUUCUCCACAAAUUCAUUUCAAAGUGAUAUUGAAGGUGGACUAACAUCAGAAUCUUUUGACCUUCACCAAAACAUUGCUGAUGGAGAUAACCGUUUAGGGUUAGAAGAUUCGGAGGAAAUCAAACGAAUAAUGGAGGCUGAAGGCCUCAAUUUUGAUCAGGCAAGAUUAUUCAGAAUGCAAAGGAAAUUUAAAACCAAUAAUAUUGAUCCUCAGACGGGGGAAACCGCUCUUUCACGUGAUUAUUUAGUAAUUCAAUUUUCAAACUUUACCAAAAAAGAUAACAUGAUGUAA